AUGAAGAAAUCAGAGCACCACCUCCUACAUGGCUGUGCAAUUUUGGUACUUGAGGAAUUGCAACAUCUGCGGCGUGCAAGAUGCUAUUCGGCAAGACCUGCAUUCUUUUUAAGUCGAACCAAAGCGCAUCUCAUCACCAGUUCCAGUUACGGCUUCAUUGAAAUCAUAUCUCGAAUCGGAGAGGCCAUGCAACUUCUCUUGUUAACUCUCCUCUUCUUGGGUCUUACCCUGACCCAAUCGACACCAGUGGCAAAGAAGGUUGAAAAAAGAACAGCGAUUGAGAGUACCAAGACUGAAAUUUUACCAAAAUUCUUGAACGCGAAAGAUGAUACUGAAAAAUUCAAACCCAAAACUCUCAAAUUCGAAGAAUCCAAAAUCGAAAAAUUUAUCGAUGACAAGAAAGACGAGAAGGUGAAAGAAGGCCAGGAUCUAAAGAACGAUGAUAAAUUAAGGCCAGAGGAUGACUCGGAAACGCUAGAAGUCGAUCGAGAGAAGAAGUCGUGCAAGACAGUUAAAACACCAGCACCUCCACCAACAAAAAUCUGUUUAGAAAUUGCUAGUUCUCCAGGUGAAGUGGAAAUUUGUCAGGAUGAUCCACCACCUCCUCCACCUGUAGAAGAACGAAUUAGCUUUGAACCUCAGCCGGUUUUUGAAAUACCACAACAGGUUAUUUGUGAACAACCUCAAAUUAUGUGCGUGCCUGCUCCACCACCUCCGCAACCCAGCACGAUUUGCUAUGAAGCUGCUCCACCACCACCUCCACAGCCCAGCACUAUUUGCUUUGAAACUGCGCCACCACCACCUCCACAACCCAGCACUAUUUGCUUUGAAUCUUCUCCACAGCAAAUAAUGCAUCAGCAACCAUCAGUUGUUUCAGUUCUACCGCAGAUGCUUCAGCCACAAAUUAUUCAACCUCAGAUGGUGCGACCACAAAUGAUUCAACCUCAGAUGGUUCAACCACAAAUUAUCCAACCUCAGAUGGUUCAGCCACAAAUUAUUCAAAUUCAGCCUGAGUAUACGCAACCACAAACGAUUCAAUUUCAACCUUCUAAGCACAAUUUUCAACCUACUAAAUUGCACCACCAAUUCCAAAAGAAGCAGUAUCAAGGCCAUAGACACGGAAAUGCCAAUCUCGUUCAACCUAGUGCCCCAAUCAUGCAAUACCCAGCGCAAUCUCAACUGACGAGCUGUACUUGCCAAGUGACAGAAGGAAAUUCUUUCAGUAGCGCACCUGGUUCAUCAGGAACUUUUGGUAUAAACCCUACUGGACCAACUGCUCCUGGAGCAACUGUAGCAAUUUCUGACGGUGGUGUAUCACAACAUUCUGGUGCAAGGUUGCAUGCACCAUUGAUGAAUCAGGGAAUGACGAUAAAGCAACCAACGAUGCAACAGCAGCCAAUCAUGAUGCAGUCGCAGCCAAGGAUGGUGCAGCAGCAGCAGCCACUGACGGUGCAGUCGCAGCCAAUUAUGUUGCAAUCGCAGCCUAGGAUGGUACAGUCGCAGCCAAUGACGGUGCAGUCGCAGCCAAUGAUGGUCCAGUCGCAGCCAAGGAUGGUGCAAUCGCAGCCAAUGAUGAUGCAACAGCAGCCAAUGAUAUCUACACGAGUGUCUGCACUAGGUCAAGGUGUGGAUGUUUCCUUAGGUUCAAUGUCAGGUCAAAUGAGGCAUACAAGAGAUGAAUCCGGAUCUCCUCCACACGACCUCGAAACUGAAAAAAAUUCUCAUAAUCAGUCUUCCGAAAAAGAAGAACAAUCCACCCAAAUCUCAUUAAGUAAGUCAUCAUCUUCGCCACCAACCUUAAGGAUCAAUACCUCACCUCAUCAAUCAUCUCAGAAUAGAUUUUCACAAAGCAAUUUGAUGUCUGAUAACAACAAUAUGAAUCAAGAGAAUUUGGAAAGUCUUAGGAGUAUAGAUAUUCAGGGGCCAGGAAUGCAGUCAUUUUCAUUUGGCAGGUCCAGACAAAAGUUGAAUGAUGAUGCCCUUUCAAAUAAUGAAAGAUUCGAGAAUAUAAAUGGAAUGUGA